AUGGCUACCGCAACACACUACACACCCGAUGCUGGGGUGAUGAGCUCUCAGAUCAUCACCUAUUCUGUCGCCACAGCUCUCUUGGUCUGUCGUCUGAUAUCUCGAAGGCUUACACACGUCGCAUUGUGGUGGGAUGACUUUUUCGCGAUGCUCUCCUGGAUCUCUGCCUCUCUCUACUUUGGCUUCACGAUUUACUGGGCCGUGAAAAUGGGUCUUGGUCAUGUGAAGGCGGACGUUCCUCUACCAGCCGAGAGAGUUGAGGAGUACGCUCGAUUCGGUCUAUUUAUUGCCGAGUUCACAUACGCAAUGUCCCUUGGCUUCUCCAAGCUUGCUAUCCUUGGUUUCUACUGGCGCCUAUUCAGUGUCUCAAACAUCCGAAUGGGAAUCCGUAUCCUUCAGGGAUGCACUGUGAUCUGGCUCACCAUCCGAACUUUCAUGACCAUCUUCCACUGCAUACCUGUCGAAGCCUACUGGAACCACAACAUCAAGAACGCCGUGUGCAACAUCGACCCUGCCAAGUUCAUGUUUGGUACGACGCUGGUACAUCUUAUGCUCGAGAUUGCUGUGUUGUCGUUGCCUGUAUUUCAGGUCAAGAGCCUCAAGCUUCGCCCGGGACAGAAGAUCGCUGUCGUCGCUUUGUUCAUGUUUGGUAUCUUCGUUUGUAUAGCUUCGAUCAUUGUGCUUAUCGAAGCAAUCAACCUCAAUCCCAAGACGACUGAAAUGGCGAGGGAUAUUAGGGGAGUCAUUAUCUGGGCAGGCACAGAAGCCUACCUCGCAAUCAUCUCUUCUUGUCUCCCUAUCAUCCGACCUAUCUUCCGCAAGGUCAUCUCGAGCUCGAUACUUUCAUCGAAGUCCAACUCAACUGGUCCCAAUCCUAUCAGCGGCUUGACUAGCAGCCGGGGUAUCAAGCUUACCAACGUUACUCGAACAAAAGAAAUCGACGACAAUAGUUCGCAGCGACAGCUUGCCGAGCUUGAAGACGGAUCGUCUGAUGAUAUGAAUUUUCAUGGCUACCCAGAGCGUGUCGCCAAUCACAACACUGUCAUCACUAGUUGCGCCGAUGAGAGACCUAACAGCCACGCACACAAUACAAGUGUACAGGGCAUUCAAGUCAAGAAUGAGACAAGAAUAUACUAUGAGUAG